CCGUGGCGGCGGAGGUGGAGGUGGCGGUGGGGUGAGCGGGGCCGAGCCUCCCCCGCCGGCCCCCCGCGGCACCGCGCAGCUGCGCUCGGCUGCGGGGAGCUGCGGCCGGGCUGGGCGAGCCGCGCAGCGAGGCGAGGAUGCUGCGCCGCCGGCAGCCGCCGUGCCCGCUCCUCCUCAUCCUCCUCCUCCUCCUCCUCGUCCUGUCAGCGCUGGCGGUGGCCUUCAACCUGGACGAGGAGAAGCUGACGGUGUACAGCGGGCCCCCCGGCAGCUACUUCGGCUACUCGGUGGACUUCUACAUCCCCGACCCCGGCAGGGUCGGCGUCCUGGUGGGAGCCCCCAAGGCCAACACGUCGCAGCCGGACAUCGUGCAGGGAGGAGCGGUGUACCACUGCGCCUGGCCCGCCGCACGCUGCCAGCAGAUACCCUUCGACAACACGAACAACAGGAAAAUUAAGGUCAAUGGCACCAGGGAACCAAUUGAGUUUAAGACAAAUCAGUGGUUUGGGGCAACGGUCAAAGCUCAUAAAGAAAAAGUUGUGGCUUGUGCUCCCUUAUAUCAUUGGAGGACCCUUAAAGAUAGCCCUGAGAAGGACCCGGUUGGCACCUGCUAUGUAGCAAUUCAGAACUUCAGUGCCUAUGCUGAAUAUUCACCCUGUCGCAACAGCAAUGCAGAUCCUGAAGGACAAGGCUUUUGUCAAGCAGGUUUCAGCUUAGAUUUUUACAAGAAUGGAGACCUGAUAGUAGGCGGGCCUGGUAGUUUUUAUUGGCAAGGUCAGGUAAUCACUGCAAGCAUUGCGGAUAUCAUUGCAAAUUAUUCCUUCAAAGAUAUUCUGAGGAAACUGGCACGAGAGAAGCAAACAGGAGUGGCACCGCCCACGUAUGAUGACAAUUACAUGGGAUACUCAGUGGCUGCUGGGGAAUUUACUGGAGAUUCUGAACAAGAGUUGGUUGCUGGAGUCCCGAGAGGAGCACAGAACUUUGGCUAUGUCUCAAUCAUUAAUUCUUCUGACUUGACCUUCAUCCAGAACUUCACUGGUGAACAGAUGGCGUCUUAUUUUGGGUACACUGUUGCAGUAUCUGAUGUUAACAAUGAUGGUUUAGAUGAUAUCUUAGUUGGGGCCCCUCUCUUUAUGGAACGAGAAUUUGAGAGCAAGCCUAAAGAAGUUGGGCAAGUUUAUCUGUACAUGCAAGAAAGUGCUUUCCUCUUCCAAGACGCGCAAAUUCUGACCAGCACAGAAGUGUUCGGUAGAUUUGGCAGUGCAAUCACACACCUUGGAGAUCUCAAUCAGGAUGGAUAUAACGACAUUGCUAUUGGUGCACCAUUUGCAGGUGAAGACCGAAGAGGGAAAGUGUUCAUUUACAAUGGAUAUAGUAAUGGGUUAAAUACUAACCCUUCCCAGGUUCUCAAUGGAGCCUGGGCCUCACAGUCCAUGCCUUCGGGAUUUGGCUUCACUCUGAGAGGAGACUCGGAUGUAGACAAGAAUGAUUACCCAGAUUUAAUUGUGGGUGCAUUUGGAGCUGGAAAAGCAGUUGUUUACAGAGCCAGACCUGUUGUGACCGUGAAUGCUCUGCUCAUUCUGAACCCUAUGAUUGUCAAUCCAGACAAUAAGACUUGUCAGCUCCCUGGCUCUCAGCUUUUGGUAGCCUGUUUUACAGUAAAAGUCUGCGCAGCAUUUGAAGGUCAAAGUAUUUCAGAUGAGAUAGUGCUGAAAGGUGAAUUGCAGUUAGAUUCAUUGAAACAGAAAGGAGCUGUUAAAAGGACUCUCUUCUUUGACUACCAUCAGUCACAUCAUUACUUCUCCAUUGUGAUAGAAAGACAGAAACAGCUCCGUUGCCAGGACUUUCUUGUUUAUCUCAGAGAUGAAACAGAAUUUAGAGAUAAAUUGUCUCCCAUCAAUAUAAACUUUAAUUAUAGCUUGGAUGAAUCCUGUUAUGAAGAUGGCUUGACUGUGAAGCCAAUACUGAAUUAUUACCAGAAAAGCUCAUUAACAGAACAGGCUUACAUUCUGGUAGACUGUGGGGAGGACAACUUGUGCAUUCCUGACUUGCAGCUUUCUGCUAUGCCAGAUAAAGAUCCGCUAAUAAUUGGAGAAGAAAACUGUGUAAUGCUCAUAAUAAAUCCAAGGAAUGAUGGAGAAGGAGCCUAUGAAGCUGAGCUACAUAUAAAGAUUCCACCUGAAGCAGAUUACACUGGUGUUGAACGCAACAACAAGGCACUGCGUGUAUUGAGCUGUGAUUACAAGAUGGAAAAUGAAACUAGAAUGGUGGUUUGUGAUCUUGGGAACCCCAUGGUGGCUGGCGCAAAUUUCUCUACAGGCAUCCGAUUUUCUGUUCAGCAUUUUGAAAAUUCAGAUUUCAGCAUCAAUUUUGAGCUGCAAAUAAAAAGUUCUAAUAAGAUCAAUCCAACCAGCAAUUUAGUUAACCUCCGUAUCAACAUCAGUGCUGUGGCUCAAGUACAGGUCAGAGGAGUGUCUCACCCCCCACAAAUUGUUUUGCCGCUUCACAACUGGGAACCCAAAGAUGAACCUACUAAAGAAGAAGAACUCGGUCCUUUAGUAGAACACAUCUAUGAGCUUCACAAUAUAGGUCCCAGUGCCAUCAACAACACAGUUCUCCAUGUCGGUUGGCCUGUGUCCAGUCGUGAAGAAUUUCUUCUUUACAUUCUCCAUAUUCAGACACAUGGACCACUGCACUGUCAGACAAGCUCUCCUAUUAAUAUACUGCAAAUAAAGUUUGCUAUUCCACAAGACACUCCUGAACUUGCUGCUUUUUUGUAUAAUUCCACAAUUUCUCAUUAUAUCAGGAGAAGGGAGGUCACAGUUGCAGAACCUUACAGGAGAAACUCUGCAAAAAUAUUGAACUGUACAAAUGUGAAGUGUAUCUUAAUUUCCUGCAAUGUGGGACAACUGGAAAGAGGGAAGAGCGCAGCACUAAAAAUCAGGUCCCGGCUAUGGGCCCAAACUUUCCUGCAGAGAAAAAACGAUCCCUAUACUCUUUCUUCCAACGUGUCCUUCGAAGUUAAGAACAUGCCCUAUAAAGUGCAGCCAGCAAAGCUCCCCCGGGGAAGCAUAGCAAAGAGUCUGCAUGCCUCCCUAGGUUUUGCCAUCUCUUCAGAUCAGAACAUCUGUCAUUUGGUCCACUCCAAAUGUCUCCUUUGUAAUCCCUUUAUGGGUUAUAAUACUAGCGAUUCUUCUUGGACUACUGGUACUAGCUAUGUUGACCCUAGCUUUAUGGAAGUGUGGCUUCUUUGACAGAGCUAGACCCCCUCAAGAUGACAUGGCUGACAGGGAACAACUGACAAAUAACAAGACUACUGAUGCAUAAAGGAAGAGAGUGACAGAUCAAGUCAGAAUCCUGCCUGCGACUAGAAACCGUGAGGAGUAAAUGAAGGUUUCCUUCCCCAGUCUUCUUUUGUACCUGCAAGUGACAUGGUGUCAUAGCCUGAUCUAUGCAACGUUCUGAGAACAUGCCACAUGAUGGCCAUACUUGCCAAAGAAAGCAACUUUAUCACUGCCUUAAGAACAUACUCACCACUGAACAGAAUGUUUAUUCCAUAUUUCAGUCAGUCUGCAUUUUACCAGAUGCUUUUGAACACGUGUGGUAUACUGAGAUGCUUCCAGAACAAGCCCAAAUCUCCCAAGGAGAAAACGCCUGCAUUGCUGUAUUGUCUAGAAGAUGGACCAAGACAAAGCUUCUGAACACUACUGUAUCACGCAGAAUACCUUUGACACCUCCCUAAGAAUAAGAACUUUUAUGAAAUUAUGGCUCAGGGAGACAAGCAAUAUAUCAGUACUGUGAAAGUACUUCUGAAAAACAAAGGUAGUCUAUAAAGAACUUUAUAGAUGGGGCACAGUUAUUUAUUUUCCACCUUUUCAGGAUAAGUAUCUGAUAUAAUCAUCAACUUAGAUUUUGAGAGAAAGAAAGACAAAAUGUAGAAAUCAUGUACUUACCUUGCAUGUAAAUAGAAAAGUAAACCUAUCGUACACACAGAGCACAUCUUUCUUGGUUACAAGGUGUUUUGCAGAACAGAGGAUUUAUGCAACUUUUUACAAGAUAAGACAUAGGAUAAACAAGUAUAUAUUCUAUCUCUUUCAACCCACAGCUGGCAGUAUCACAUGCAGAUAACAAAAUCCGUGUGCAGCAUAAUACAGUGGAUGAGUUCCCUGCUCAUCCCAUUGCUGAUGGCUGCCACCUGGGCAUCUGACACAGGAUGCAGUCCUUUGUGAAACACUGAUUUAAAUUGUCACAGGCAUGCAUCUGUUGUCUUAUGGAGAGGAGUUGGGAAUCUGGGGCUGGGAUGAAUUUUAUUUACCAUUGCCCUGUUACUUGGUUGAAAUAUCCUCUUAAAUGGCUACUGCUGGUGUAUCUUCUGUUGAAUUUGUGUCACAGACCCUAACAUUUUGUUCAUCUAAGGAAAUUUUUGUUUUCAUUUUAUGGACUACAAAGUAGCAGCAUAUUUAAAGAGUUGAAGAGAUUUCACUGAAGUUUAUAGUAGAAUAUAAUUAUUUCUUAAGCAAAGUCUUGUAGGGAAGGUGAGCAAGGUUUGUAUUUAUGCAGAAAAUAGGAUGCCAGCCAGCGAAGUGUGAACACACACACACACACACACAAAAAAAAAAAAAAAAAAGGGGAAGAUAUUUUGAGGUAAAGAGUAACAAUAUACACAUUUGUUUGUUUGUUUGUUUGUUUUUCUGACUCGAGGAUUCUGAAGAAGAGAGGCUUCGUUCUUUCUCUCCAGUGAGCAAAAAUAGCUUGGUCCUUAUCUCAGCUGGGGCUCUAAGCUCUGGAUCUAUGCAAAUUUGUGCCUGAAAGCUCAAGUCUUCCAGUGCUGGCUGAGUGUGAAAUUUGCUGUCUUGUGUAAACUUCAGGAGUGAUUGCUCAUUUUCUGAAACAUCUAUCACAUUUUCCAUCUCCUGAGCUCUUUUUCUCUCCCGUCCAUCUCAGCUUCUCAAACGGUCAAAUGGCUGUAUCCCUUCAGCCACUGCUUGUCUCCAUUUGGAUACCUGCCCUCCUGCUUCCUGGGACUCUAGGACAGGAGUAGCCACGAGACAUGGCCACUUCUGUCAGUCUCACAGGACAUUUUACAGUCUUACUAUUUCUGGCACACAGGCUGACUUGUGAAAUCUAAGCAAGAGCUAGGAAACCUAGGCAGGUGUGUUCCGUCCUCACGUCUAAGGCAAUUGGCAGGAAGAUCUUUACGGAAUCUUUAUCAUUAUUUAAUCGGUUAUCAUUUGCAUGCCCUUGAGACUUACUGAGAGGAAGAGACACAAGCAUCAGACAGUGGCACCGCUGGUUCCUGAGACCUGACCACUCCCCAGGCCCCCAGCAAACUGCUAACAGCACCCAUCCCCAAAGGGUUUGAGAAAUCAGCUGAUAAAUGCCACCACACAGCAAGCCCCUUCCACGUUUGCACGCCUCUGUGUCCCGUACAUUCCAGGUGAGAUCGUCCUCCCGUGAAAAAGACAGUGAGCUUCUCGCUUUUGUAAAUAUUGAGUUGUUGUGUGUAGCAGAUUCUGAACUACGGUCAGCUAGCUCAUUAAAUUCACGUCAUUGGCACAACUCUGAUGAAAUAGCACCAUAAGGAGCUACCAAACAUAGGACUUUUGUACGUGCAAUACUUUAUAUUACUUAUAUACCUGAAGCAUGUUUACACUGGCAUUUGUGGUUGUUUUUUGAACUUCUGAAUAUACUGAUUAAUGACUACAAUAAAGAAAAAAGAAUAGGAAAAAAGAACAAA